AUGGGGGUUGAGUAAAGAGGAAGCCACGUUGACACAAAAGUAGUAUUUUCUCAUUUUUUCUGACGCCGGAAAAGAGCAAUAACGUCGUCAGUUUACACCUGCCAACUCUGUAACCUCAGCUGGAACAUUUAGAGACAGGUCAAAGGCGCCACAUCAUCUGACAGGAUGAGUGUUGGAUUCAUUGGAGCGGGCCAGCUGGCUCAUGCACUGGUAAAAGGGUUCACGGCUGCAGGUGUGAUUGCUACACACAGGAUUACAGCCAGCUCCCCAGACUCGGAUCUGCCCACCGUGUCGGGACUGAGGAAAAUGGGGGUGAACCUGACGACCAGCAACAAAGAGACCGUCAGUAAGAGCGAUGUGCUCUUCCUGGCUGUGAAACCCCACAUCAUCCCCUUCGUUCUGGAUGAGAUUGGGCCAGACAUUGAGGAUCGUCAUCUCAUAGUCUCCUGUGCGGCGGGCGUCACCAUCAGCUCCAUAGAGAAGAAGCUGCUUCAGUACCGUUCAGCUCCUAAAGUCAUGAGGUGUAUGACUAACACUCCAGUCGUGGUGAGAGAGGGAGCUACAGUGUACGCCACAGGGACGCAUGCAGAGGUGGAGGACGGCAAGUUACUGGAGCAGCUGAUGGCCAGUGUGGGUUUCUGCACGGAAGUGGAGGAGGACCUCAUUGAUGCUGUCACCGGGCUGAGUGGCAGUGGACCAGCCUACGCGUUCACAGCCCUGGACGCUCUUGCAGACGGAGGAGUGAAGAUGGGUCUGCCCAGAAGACUUGCUGUCAGACUUGGAGCUCAGGCCCUUUUGGGAGCAGCUAAGAUGCUGCUGGACUCGGAGCAGCACCCCGGCCAGCUGAAGGACAACGUGUGUUCACCAGGAGGCGCCACCAUCCACGCCCUGCACGUCAUGGAGAGCGGCGGUUUCCGCAGCCUCCUGAUCAAUGCAGUGGAGGCAUCAUGCAUCAGGACAAGGGAGCUGCAGUAUCUGGCAGACCAGGAGCGCAUCUCCCCAGCAGCCAUUAAGAAAACAACGCUGGACAAGGUGCUCCAGCAGCCCGGAGUCACAGUCAGCGGAGUGGCUAAUGGGAACGGCAGAUCGGGGCUUAGCCUGUUCAACAAUCGUGGCCCUGGGGUCAAGAAGAAGAACUGAGUACACCGAGGCAGGCACACACGCACGCACACACUAACACACACACACACACACACACACACACAGACAACACAGGUUUAAGUAUACCAACUUGUACACACGUUGUCACACUUGCAUAAUAUACACCUGGACUGAUCUGAAAUCAGAUUCAUUUUACCGAACAUAAAUGCCAAAUUAUUUAUUCAUACUUAGGUUAAACACGGACAGUGGACCUGCUGGUGUCACCGCAUUACACACAAGCACAGGUGCAUUCUGGGUGCCCACAGUUAUAGCCUUAUGUUGUGAUGGAGGAUAACUGUCUACACAUACACAAAUCCAGAUACACACUGAAGAGCAAAAGUGCAUUUACAAUCUGUUGUCUGUCUGUUGGGCUCUAGACUCUCUAGGGCUGUUAAACGGUAAUGACCCAGCGGGCCGUCAUGGGAUCCUGGUACACACCAGGCAGCAGAUGGCUGCUGGGAUACCAUCAAGCUCUUAAUGUUUGUCUUUUAUGUCUUUCUUUUAAAACAAAAAUGAAGCCACAGUGUAAAUCAUCCUGUACUAUUCUCCUGUUUGUGCUACUAAUUGUGUUUUGUUUGGCCAACAGUAUUACACUGUUAACAAAGACUGAAUAUGGAAUGAACAAAACAUUGAGUAACUUUUAUUUUUGGUUGUUUUCAUCGUCGUAUAUGGACACUACGGUCGUCACUGAUGAAUUACCUUCCUCACAGUGUCACAAUGGGUCUUUUUCUAGCACAUUAAGAACAUUGUGCCUUUGAGCCUGGGACUCACAAAAUAUUUUUUCUUUCAUUGAAAGGUCAUUCCAAGCUUUAAAAAAACAUUUCCUGUUUGUUAAGGGCGUCAUGGGUCUCAAACCCCAAAUCUUGAGCUGUUAUGGUGAGCCUCCAUGUUUUAUUAUAUAGGGGAACCUUUUACAUUUUCUGUCUGUCAUUUCCUGAAAGUCCUACAAGAAGUUCAUCUACAGAGAGAAGCAAGAUUAUAUGAAGAUUUAUUCAUAUAGAGUAGUCCGUCCUUAUUGUGUUUCUUUUGUACUGUUUGUUACCUUUUUAUCCCCAUAAUGUUACAUGUUAUGUAUUAUUUUGUUUGGCAUAUUGACUACUCAGCUGGUGCCAGUCAAAAGUCAAUAUUAAAGCAGCAGAAUCAAA